AUGCCACAACCAAUGAAUGCCAACAAUGGAGAGGCACCCCUGAUACAGAUUUUACCUGAGGAAAUGGUACAGGUCCAUUUGCCACCCACCCAUGAGAACCAAGCUCCAGCACAACCUAAUCAGCAAAUAAUUGAGCCCCAACCAGCUCCACAGCUACCAGUUCAACAGAUACCAGAGCAACAACAAGCUCCAGCUCAGCACAUUCAGGCACUACAACCAGCUGUUACCAUACCACCACAAAUUCAGGCUGCUGCACCAACUCAACCUUCAGUUCAGCACCAAUCAAAUAACCAAGUUGAAGUGCAAGUAUUCCAUCAGUGUGGAAGAUGUGAAUGA